AUGUGUAUGCAGCUUAUGGUAGCUGCAACAUUGAUUUUGCUGUGCACGAAACCUAUGGACGCCAUUGUCUUUGGACCAGUUCCAUGGUUAGUGACAGUACCUUCCAUUGCCAUCAUUGGUAGAGAGAUUACUAUGUCCGCAGUAAGAGAAUGGGCUGCGUCUCAAAACGGCAAGCUUUCCAAGGCUGUUGCUGUAAAUAGCUUGGGGAAGUGGAAGACUGCAACGCAGAUGAUAGCGUUAACCAUACUGCUCGCAAGCAGGGAUAGCAGUUUUGAGAGGCUAUUACCGUCUGGUAUUGGGUUGCUCUAUGUAUCUGCAGGGCUCUCUAUAUGGUCUUUAGUUGUUUAUAUGAGACAGAUUAUGAGAGUACUUCUAAAGAAGUAG